AUGGCUCUCGACAUCCGUCGUGGUAAGCGCAGUCUUGGUGAGAAGCUCGUCCCAUCUGUCUUUGGCGCAAAGCUGCAUGAGCUUCUUCACAAGAUGAAGAGCCUAGAGGUGCUGCUAAACAGAGUGUGGCAUGGCAUUGGUAGCCUGGGUCCUGUGUCCGGAAUCAUGAUGAACAACUUCUCUGAAGUCAAAGUUGGUCAGGCUGUCAACAUUGCCAGUAUUGUCUACACUGCGCAUGGCAUCGACGAGAAUCACGACGUCUCUUUCAAUCUCAAACGUAAAAGCCAUGAGCUUUCCCAAAACCAACCGACGAGAAAGCCUGAGAUCGGAAGUAUCCUCCGAGAUCACUUUGAAACUCGAUCAAACUAA